AUGAAUCAGAGAUUGAUGAUCGGGAUACUGUUUGUAUCUAAAGCUGCAAAUGUUGGUAUGAUUGAUUUGUCACAGGAACCAUGUACAAGUGCUUCAUGUAGCAGCAACCCUGCUCCGGUGUCUGACAUUGAUAAAAUAGAAAACAGUGAAGUUGACAUUUUAGCUAGCCCAGAAACAUCAUCAGUUAGAGUUGAGUGCCCUACUUGCUUUGAUUUUUUUGAAAUCAGUGAAAUUGCUGAUCAUACUGAUUGUUGUGCUGACAUUUGGAUAGGAGAAGUAGAGCAUUGCAAUGACUUUGAAAAUGUCCCAGGUAGUCCAGAUAAAGUACAACAAAUACCUGAAUUACAGCAACUGCCAGAAGGAACAGUUGAAGAAAAUAUCAAAAGCAUAUUGGCAGAACUAGCUGAAACAGAAAUAUCUGGUCAGGCACGAAUUAACACAAGAAGAACAUUAAUUGUGGAGGGUACUUCCUUCGGGUAG